CCAAUUUCUGGUGUAAUGACGAUCGGGGUAGCCCUGCUGUCCUGCACCCUCGGGCUGCACGCGUCGCCCGGCGGCCCGGUAGUGCGCGGCGGUCCCGGCGCCGUCUCCGACUCCGCCGCCGUCGUCUCCGCCGCCGCCGCCGCCGCCGCCGCCGCCGCUGCUCCGAGCCGCGCAGCCUCAUCGGCUCGCAUGGCGCUCAAGCUCGACAUGGAUCCGACCGAGAUGGCGCAGCUGCUCGAGGAGGGGCCAGCGGCAUCGCAGGGCCCGUUCGGCAAGGGCGGCGCGCUCGAGUGGCUCGCAAAUAUCCUCGACAAGGCGGCGGAGGACACGCUGACGCUGCUGCACGCUGCCGAUGACAAGGCGGUGCAGGACAGCUCGAAGAACCUGCAGGUGCUCUGGUCGCGCGCGGUGCUCGCGAAGAACGGCGAGCUGGAGGACAGCGUCGCCUUCGAGAUGCUGCCCGAGAGCACCCGCGGCACCGUCACCGCGGGGCUCUUUGACGGGACGCUCCCCUUCCUCGAGUGGGUUGCUGCGCGGACGGCCUUCUUGAACGAGGGGCACAGAGGCGUUCCUCUCUUCUCCCGCGUGCGCGGGGGGCGCGAAGUGCCAGGUGGGUACGCCGCCGCCGCAGGGCCAGAGACGCGGCUGCCCACUCUUGUCGGGUGGGACCUGAACGAGUGCGAGCACGCGUCGCUGCUCGACCACCUCGAGGCAGAGCACGGCUUCGAGCGCGGCCCGCCCACCCUCUUCAUCUCCGAGGCGGUCAUGUUUUACGUCAACCCCGCCGCCAUCGCGGCGCUCUACGACGACCUCUUCACCUACGGCAAGCAGGCCGGCGAGGCGCAGUACUCGUUCACCGACUCGAUGCGGCCGUUUGUGCAGGGGCCCUUCUCCGACGAGGCGACCCGCUUCUUCGGCCGCGAGGGCGUCGACCUGCUCUGCCACACCGCGCGCUGGUCGGGCGCGGUCCAGUUCGCGCACGCCGUCGCCCGCACGCCGGCGGCGGCGCUCGCGCGCGGCUCGCGCGCGGCGGGCUGUUCGCUGCGGGAGCACGUGUCGCCUCUGGUGGAGGCGCCGGUGACGUCGUAUGCGCCGGAGCGCGCGUGGCGCCCUCCCGACGCGCCCGCCUCCUUCAACAACUCGUGGUACGCCGUGGCCUUCUCGUCCGAGCUGCAAGACGCGGCGCCGUACGCGACGCGGCUGUUCGGCGAGCCGCUCGCCCUCACGCGCCACCCGGCCGGCGGAGCGGUGCGCUGCGCCGGGCCAGACUCGCUCGCGGCUGAGUACGUGGUCGUGGAGCACCAGGGCCUCGUCUGGGUGUGGCGUGGAGACCCCGCCUCGGCCGACCACCGCAUGCUGCCCACGCACCCGGCCCCAGAGGCGACGCACGCGGUGGAGACCAUCCUCGACUACGGGUGCGACUGGAAGUACAUCGUCGAGAACAACCUCGACACGCCGCACCUCUACUGGCUGCACGACGGCUCCAUCCCGCCCAUCGAGUCGCUCGGCUGCAACCGCGCAAACAUCGGCUCGAUCGGGCUGCGCUUCUUCGCCGACGACGUCGGAGUGGGGCACAUCGGAAAGACAUCCAAGAAGGUGACCAAGGUUGUGCGGUACGACGCGCCGAACGUGGUGCGUCACGGCGGCGUCUCUGGCUUCUCGGAGGAGUUCAACAUUGUCCCGCUCGGUCCGCACCGCACGCGCGUGCUGCUCCGGCAGCGCUUCCCGAAGGGGCCGAUCCUCUCCACGCUGCUGCGCGUGCCGGGCACCGCGCCGGUGCUGCAGUACCUGGUGCGCAACUGGAACUACCAGAUCGGUCUCGAGGACUAUUGCGUGAUGCAGGGCCAGGCGCACAACAUCGACGACUUUGGCGCCCCGAACUGGAGGGCCACCUCGUCGGGCGACGACCUCAUCGUCCGCUUUUGGCGGUGGGUCGCGGCGGCCCGCGAGGCGGACGGCGCCACGUCAGAGUACUUUGUGCGGUGGGACGGCUCGCGUGUCGACGAGGCGGCGGCCGCCGCCGCGGCGCAGCCUCUGUCCGCGGCGGCCGCGCCGUCGCACGCGGACGCAUCGCUGACCACGGAGGAGGAGAUGAGCAGCUUGGCGGAGCGGUACACCGCGGCGGUGCCGGUGGCGCAGUACCCGCCGAUCAACCACGCGCUCUACUCGCGGCAGCAGACCCUCGCCAACCUCUUCGAACGGGUCGGCGACGCGAUGCCGCAGGUUGGCGUCGCGUCGGCCGUCGGCGCGGCGGGCGGGCUGGUCACGGCAGCCGGCGCCGCCACGCACGCAAACAGCGAGGGCAUGUCCUCGCUCCUCGUCGCCGCCGCCGACCUAGCAAACGGCGUCUUUACCCUCCCCGCGUAGCGAGGGGCGCGGCGACGCCCCUCGCCGAAUGCAUUCACGAGACAUCUACGUGCCUCCUCCGGGAGUGUGAGGCAUGGCUGGGGUUGGAACAGACAGUCGUCAGUCGCUCUAGACUUGGACGGACGUUGGCUGUAGCCGAUUCGACGCGCAUGCCGUAUGUAGUGUGCCGACGAGUAUAUCGUGUGUCGUGCAGUCUUGUCAGUGACUCUCGCCCAUGCUCGUGUCCACAGAGGUAUGAAGUAUGUGCGCUCGAGUAUGUGCGCCCAUGUGUACCCGUGUCCGCAUGUGCCAUGUCUUCACAUGCUGAUUUUAGAAGGC